UCUACGCUCGUGACGGUCGGACGUUGAGACACGUCGCGCGCGCAUUCUCACCAAAAUUACGUACAUCGUAAAAUUGACGAAAUACAGAUGGAUUUCAGUGUUACGUUUACCAGUAUAAAGUUUUAGCCUACAAAUGGGUUAUUUUAUGGAGUUUGGUGUGUGAUCAAAAUGUUUUAUUGUGACGGAAUUGUGUGAAAUAAGAUUUAUUUGUGGUGUGGUUUGUGUUUGACUUGACGGUUAAAGAAUUCUGGGAUAUUUUCGUGUCCGUUUUAAUCAGAAACUCCAAUCGACCUCAGUGAAAACAAGUGCUAGUGAUGUGCCACUCCAAAGUGUUUCAUAUCGAUAGAUACCGGUAGUCGAUGUUAAUAUCGAUAGAUACCGGCAGUCGAUGACGAUGUCGCUGUCGAGGGGUCACGUGAUCUCCGGCGUGCUGUUCAGCAUACUCCUGCAGUACUGCGUGGAAAGCCAGCAGGAGAAUCUCAUUGAGGAAGCAGCAUCAAUCGAGUCCCUCCAUGCCCCUACGGGAGGCGGUGUGGAGUUGCCCUGUGACGUCACACCGGCGCUGGCCGAGGAUCGCAUGGGGCUCGUCAUAUGGUACAAGCAGGGGCAUGAGUCGCCUAUUUAUACACUGGACACCCGAGAAGGCGUGACGUCACACUGGGCUGAUGCUACCCUGGGAGUCAGAGCUACCUUCAGGAGCGACACCAGACCUGCUGUACUGGUCCUCACUAAGUUAAGGCCUGAAGACAGCGGUCAAUAUCGAUGUCGGGUAGACUUUAUAAAGUCACCGACAAAGAACACGCGACUUAACCUCACAGUGCUAAUACCGCCAGAGCGGCUGAUAGUCCUGAACCACGAGGGUAACGAGAUCCGAGGAGGUGUUCUUGGACCUUAUGAUGAGGGGACCGAAGUCAACCUGACCUGCAUUGCUGUUGGAGGUCGACCCAUAGCACGUGUUUCCUGGUGGAAAUCGCACGCCCUGCUGGCCAACUCAGAAGCAAGGGCUACUGUCUCCUUCAGGCUUCAGAGGUCAGACUUCGGAACUGAUGUUACUUGUCAGGCUGUCACCGAUCCCCUGAUAGCUCCAGUUUCAGAAAACAUAUCGAUUGAUGUCAAUUUACGACCACUAUGGGUGCGUCUCCAAGGUGGCAAGAGGCCGCUGGUGGCUGGUCAGAGCACGGAGCUGGUCUGCCAGGCUGUGGGAGCCAGGCCGAAGCCGACCAUAUCCUGGUGGAAGGGAGGCACCAGGCUCAAGACUGUGAGAGAGACUACGUCAACGGAUGGCAACGUGACGAGCAGCAUCCUGACCUUCGUGCCCACAAUAGAGGAUGCUGGCCGGGUGCUGUCCUGCAGAGCCGUGCAGCCGAGUCUACCGCAUUCCACUCAUGAGGAUGGAUGGAAGAUGGAGAUACAACAUCUACCGGUAGCAAAACUGGAGUUGGGUGCUAACCUGGACGCCAGCAAAGUGGUUGAGGGUUCCGACGUGUACCUAGACUGCAGAGUACGAGCGAACCCGUGGCACAACCAUGUAUACUUCACACAUAAUGGUGUGGUAGUAAAACCAGGUCCCGGAGUACUCCUGGCGAACCAGAGCUUGGUGCUGCAGCGGGUGUCCAGGAAGGCUGCUGGUGCAUACGUCUGUUCAGCCAGGAACAGCCUAGGAGAAGGAUCUUCUGAGAGCCUCGUCUUGGAUGUCAAAUUUGUGCCAACCUGCAAAUCAUCACAGCCAGUGGUGGUGAGGGCAGCAAGAGGAGAGGUCAUUGACAUCGACUGCGAUUUGGACGCCAAUCCUAAGGAGCCGAUGUCUUACCACUGGUGGUUCAACAGCUCAGCUCACAGCAGACAUGAGCUCACCACUACUUCCAUGACCACCAUGCCUAAUUUACCAGGCACAUACAUAUACAUGGUUAAUACAUCAUCAGACUACGGGUGGGUGCAAUGUUCGGGAUCCAACUCUGUGGGACGACAGACGAAGCCGUGUCUCUUUCAUAUAUUGCCUGCUGAUAAACCAUCUACCCCGAAAGCGUGUGAGAUUACCAACGUGACUUACGACUCUUUGACACUAAACUGCACUCCCGGACACGAUGGUGGAAUACAUCAGUCUUUCUUAUUAGAGAUCUUCGACAUGGCGACAGGCCAGUUACUCCGCAACGUCAGCAGUGAUGACCCAGAGUUUGAAGUAGCUGGGUUAUCAGCCAGUAACUCCUUAGCCGUGUCAGUUAGGGCAUUCAAUAGGAAGGGGUUUAGUGAGGCCCUGACUUUAACCUCCAGUUUGCUGAAGUACCCUCAGAGGCAUACAGCGCAAGUUCCCGUCAAGGUGGAACUGACAACCGUGCUGAUCAUAGUGCUGGGAGCAGUUGGAGUCAUCGCUACCAUGACUGCCGUGUCAGCUGUGGUCUUCUGCUGCAAGUACUGCAAUAAACGGGAGAGAAAACACGAAAAAGACAAAAGGCAACAGGACGAAACGUCCAAUAUUCCUCUAACUGGCACUAAGGAAUCGGAGAGUGUAGACAGUUUAGAUAAAAAUCCCGACAUAAUACCUCUAGAUGGAAAAAUAAGCGACAGCUGCUCAAAUAAGUCUUCAACUACAGACUACAGCUCAAUAAGACCUUUGAUAUCUAAAACUACGGAUAAAUACGAUAUGACGACGAAUUGCGAACGGUUUUAUGAUCAUAACAUCGAUCCUUGCAACCAAUACAUACAAGUCAGACCAAUGGACUACAGAAGACCAACCUAUGCGCCAACAUUGCAGAUGCCAAAUCUUGGUCCAAGUAUACAGAGUUUGGGCCCAAUGAGUAGUUUGCAUAUGGCCAAUGUUGGGCCAAAUGAUUGUCAUAGACAGCCGUAUGAUAAGGUGUAUGAAGAUUGGUUGAAGUAUAAGAAUGCAUUGCCUUUGAAUACUAGUGGUUUGCUGCCCGCGGAACAACUGUUGCCCCCAGAACUAUACGCAACACCGCCCCCGCCAUCUCUCUACAGCAACCCCAAUAGGAACCCAUUGAACCUGACGCAAAUGCCUGAACUCGAACCCAGGUACCACCUGGAACCAAGGUCCCUGGUCAUGGACUCUAGAAGUUGUAAUAACUCUCCCCCAGUGAGGUUCAAUACUGAGAAUAAUAGCGUGUAUUUCAAUAAAAGCGUCCUAGAUAGGACUGCGACGUUGCCACAUUUGAAACCUAGUAGGAUAAAUGGAAAUUCACCGACACAAAUGCCUAGUGAGCCAAAAUGUGUGACAAUAUCUACCGACACCACUCUAGAACAUACUAAAGGAAGCAAGGAAUGCGACUGAGACAAAAAAUAUUAAAAGGACAAUGCACUUUGAGUGCUGCCAACAUUUCCAUGGAGAACAAAAUGACUAGCGGAGAUGUCAUAACGCAAAAUCUAAGAAAGUAGCGCGACAAUAUGCCGGU